UAGAUUAGACCCGUUAGACAUCCACGCUGGCGACCAGACCACGGACGAUACAGAUUAGAGGAUUUCGACGCUGACCCCGGUCUUGCGAUCGUCCCAUUUUAACCACCACCAUGCCACUCUCCAACCGUCGUCGCGCGCGGCGCAAGGAAAUCCAGCUGCAGGAAACAUCGGACGCGGAGGCUCCGGAUUCAUCCCCGACGCGGCCGUCCAACAAGAAGCGCAAGAUUGAUCACCGUGCCUCUCCCCAGCCUCGACCCGUGAAGCAGGAAUCUGCCGAUGAAGCCGAUGACUCGUCCCCCGAUCAGGAACUGUCGGAAAACCAGGAUUUGGUGGAUAUGGUGAUCUCGUAUCUGGAAACCGCCCGCGAAGAAGUACGCGUGCUCCGUGAUCACUCCAACGCGAAAACCGAAAACAAGCAGAGCAUCCGCGCCUACGCCAAAAUCGCCGGCCGCAACUGGACCUACUACGUCAAAACCCUCCACGUCAAUAUCGGCCGCGAGCCCGACCGCGAACAAAAGUUGGAUGAACAGUCAAGCCCGGUUACAAUCGCCGCCCGCGCGCUGCCGGAGGUAAAUGUGGAUUUGGGACCAAGCAAGUUUGUGUCACGCCUGCACGCGGAGAUCUUUUACGAUGGCGAGGAAACGGCGUCCUGGCACAUCCGCGUCAACGGUCGGAACGGCGUACGUUUGAACAGUGCGAUCCUCAAGCGCGGCACCGAUGCGAUCCUUUCGUGUGGUGAUAUCAUUGAGAUCGCCAAUACCCAGAUGAUGUUCGUCACGCCCGGCGAUAAGGCCAAUAUUCAUCCCACCUUUGUGGAACGCGCCCAGCGUCUCGCCAACGGAGAGGAGGAUGUGGCUACCUGGGAUGCCUCCCAGCAUGCUCAUCCCCAGCCUCCCUCGACGGCCGCUACUGCGGAUGCGGCCCCAGCCACGACGGGCGCCCCUUCGCUGGCUCCCGCACCGCAGUUCCUCAAGCGUCAGGUGACGCCGCCCCCGCGGUCGCCCGAUACGGUGGGAGCGCGCACGGCCAAGCAGUCGCCGCUGUAUAACCGCGGUAUGAUGAUGGAGAGUACGGAGGAGAUCGAUUACAGCAAGGAUGCAGCCAAGGACUUGAAGCCACCGUACAGCUAUGCGACAUUGAUUGCGCAGGCGAUCUUCUCGAGUGAGGAGGAGAAACUUACGCUGAACAGUAUCUACAACUGGAUCAUGGACAAGUACGCAUUCUACCGCCACUCCCAGAGCGGUUGGCAGAAUUCCAUCCGUCAUAAUUUGUCCUUGAAUAAAGCAUUCCAGAAGGUCCCCCGGCGCACAGACGAACCCGGCAAAGGCAUGAAAUGGCAGAUUGCCCCGGAAUAUCGCGAAGAGUACUGGAAGAAGCAGCUGCGGAAGGGAACGCAAUCGUCCGCCCCGUCGUCCCCUGCCACGAGAGAUCCCGCCGCUCGGGGCGCCAACGGCAUGGAGGCGGUGUUUUCGGCCACGAAGAAGUCUCCACCGGUGUCGUCUCCUGGAUUCAGCUCAUUCCCGGUUGCACCAAUUGAAGCGUAUACUCCCGAACGAGGCUCCCGUGCCGCCCGUAAUGGUGCAGGUGCUCCCUUGCGACCUUCCAAUACCCGUGACUACGAGGAACCAUCUCCGCUGCCUACGCGAUCCGCCACGAAAAACACCAGCAACGGCACCAGUCUAAGUCGGACUUAUGGCCUGUCAGACAACAUCGCCGGAUCCCCGCCUGUGCUGUCGUCGUCAUACUACGAUGACGGGCCAUCAUCGAUGAUCACGCCAGCACCGCAACGCCAGCAGCCACGACUGCCUCCGCCUAGCACCGCACAGAUUCCAUCCAAAUUCAUGCCCAUGAGCUCUCCCGCGCAGUUCUGGAAGUUCGCAGACAUUGGCAGUACGCCGGCCCGGCCCGUGCCAGACAUGAGCCCACUGAAGGGCGAAUUGGGCGACGGACUGGGAAGUAUCCCUAGCAGCAGUCCACCACCACCGAACCUAGCCAGUCCCAGCAAGCCAGGCACGGCCAAUGGAAUGACGACUGGCCGCAUGCCACCACGCCGUGAACCAGAGACGAAGAACGAGCGACCUGACGAGGAGGACGACGAAGAGGAGGGGAGCGGAUUUGACCUGGCGAGGGGCUUCCAAACCAUUGGCUCGUAUCAUCGACAGCUGAGCAACGCGGCGCGGACGAGUGCAGCGACGUCGUAAGCAGCGAGCAGCUAGUCACGAUGUCUGUAUGUAUGCAUGUCUGUAUGUUAUAAUGUAUGUACUAUGACCGGAUUAGAGCGUAUAUUUUGUUUU